UGCGACAUUCCAUGUCCACCAGCCCAACCACUUCUUUCCUCCUGUCGUUCUUGUCCUGAAAUUGAUCCACUGAGGUUAGAUUAAUAGCAGAGCUGAGCCUGCAGGUAGAUAGGUGCACUGUUCGAUCUGUAAUCGCACAAGGCAUGGAUAGCGAGAGGCGCAUGGAUCCCGUGCUGUACAAGGCCGCGACGCAGGGGAAAGUGUCGAGCCUGAGGCAGCUGGUGGAAAAUGACCCCAAGAUCCUCAGCUCCACGACGCCGCAGCUCAACAUGGCGCUCCACCUCGCCGCCCAGAACGGCCACGCCGAUUUCGCCCACGAGGUCCUGGAAAAGAACGAGGAGCUCCUCGUGGCCAGGAACGCCGACGGCGACACCCCCCUGCACUUGGCGGCCAAGGCGGGCACUCUGGAGGUGGCGAAGGAACUCAUCAGGCACGCCAAGGCCUGGCCACAUCAGAAGAGCCCCCUGAUCAUGACCAACAAGGCGGGCAACAACCCGCUGCACGAGGCGGUGCGGCACCACAGGGGCUCUGUGGCGCUGGCGCUGCUGGACGCCGACCCCGACCGCGGCCACGACCUCAACGAUCGGAUGGAGUCGCCGCUGGACAUGGCCUCCCGCGAGGGUCUCAUCCACGUUGUCCAAAGGAUCAUCAACGACACUUGGGUCGACCAGGAGUUCUUGGCCUCCAUCUCCCUCAGCGGCACGGCUCUGCACCAGGCCGUGCUCGGCGGGCACAUCCGGAUCGUGGAGAUCCUGCUGGAGAAGCGUCCUGGGCUGAUCGACCUGACCGACUCCGACGGCAACAACGCCCUGCACUACGCGGCGCAGAAGAACCACCCGCGCGCGGUGGAGAUGCUGCUCAACAAGCAGACGGAGCUGGCCUACAAGCGCAACAACAAGAAUCUGUCCCCGCUGCACGUCGCCGCGCACUACGGCUCCACGGAGGCCAUCAAGUCGCUGCUCCGGCACUGCCCCGACGUGGCUGAGAUGGUGGACAGCGACGGCCGCAACGCCUUCCACGCCUCCAUCACCAACGGCAAGGCGAACGCGCUCAGGUGCCUGCUCCGCCAUGUCCGCCCCGCGGAGCUGCUCAACCACGUCGACAAGAACGGCAAUACGCCGCUGCACCUCGCCGCCGGGAUGAGCCGCGUCUAUUCCGCGCUGUUGCUUCUCAAGGACCACCGCGUCAAACCCUGCGUCCGCAACAACGAUGGCCACACGGCUCGCAGCCUCGUCGAGACCAAGCUGACAACCGGCGAGAUGGACGCCUACGAGAUGUACCUCUGGAAGCAGCUCAAGCGGCAAGAGUCCAAAAAGUGCCGCAAGGAACAGCUGCCACCCUUCGCCUCCUACCCCAGCCGCAGGGCCACCGGCGACAAGUACUUCGAGCGCAUCGUCGAGACCUACAUCCUCGUCGCCACCCUCAUCGCCACCGUCACCUUCGCCGCCACCUUCACCAUGCCCGGCGGCUACGACCAGAUCAAGGGCAUCGCCCUUCACAGCCACAAAACCGCCUUCAAGAUCUUCGUCAUCUCCAACACAGUCGCCAUGUGUAGCUCCAUCGUCGUCGUCUUCUGCUUCAUCUGGGCAUGGCAGGACCCUGUCAAGUUCAAGGUCGACCAGCUCCUGUGGGGUCACAGGCUAACCGUCCUCGCCUGCCUCGCCAUGCUUGUUUCGCUCAUGACCGCCGUCUACAUCACCGUAGCGCCCACAUCGCGGUGGCCUGCCUAUGUUGUCAUCGCCAUCGGUACCAGCACUCCGGCGGUGGUCUUCCUCAUACUGGGCAGGGAGCUGAUCUAUGUCCCGCUAUAACUAUUGUCAAUUGUCAUCGACCAAAAUGUGUUGGGUGCACGGACUAGCAGUUCUACACAACACAUUGUGUGCUAUUCUAAUGGAUAUUUUGAUUUUUGUGUUCUCGGAAGAUAGGAUUAAGUAAUUCCCUUGCUGGAACUGUUUCCAGCUAUAGUGCUGAAUAAGUUGAGAGUGAAGGUGGGAAGAAUCAACUCUUACUUUUGACCCCUUGGGUGAUUUAUAUAGGUGGGGAGGUGAAACUUACUCUCCAUCAUUUGGUGGGCUAUAAAUAUU